CUGACAAGACUGGAUGGAGGAUGAAGACUGCUGAUGGUGGGGUUCAUGCCCUUGAUAAAUAUGUUUUGUUGCUGGUUAAAGUUGCGGGUGUGGAAUGGAUUUUGAAAGUUUUCAUCAUCCAUGGGUUGACAUCUUACAAGAUUUUGCUUGGUCGAAGCUGGAUGCACCAGGUCAAGGCAGUUGGAGAUUACAGCUCUAACGAUUAUUACAUCUUUGGUACGAAUGGACAACCGAGGAGCGUUCUGAAGAAUGGAGAUGUUACACCUCAGAUUUCACUUAAGGUUCACUUUGAGCGUGAUGAGGCAUGCACACAACCACUCAACGAGCGACAAGCGCCUGACUCUGACACACACCAUGUGAAAACUCAGACCUGGGAACAUGAACCAGAAGAAGUCAUUCAAGCGAGACUCACCAACCUUGCAGAUCAAUUGGCAACUGCAGUUCUACUUGAAUCCACUCACCUAGAUUAUGAUGAUGAGGAUCCUCGCAUGCUUCAGUCCUCCAAAAUCUUAGAGACGUGUCGGGAAAAGGCAUAGGGAGCAGCUUGCUGGAGUAGUUGCUGCCCCACCAUCCCACAGUAUCCGGAAUGGAGGAGGAGAGGUCCAGGGUACCGCCGGGGAGAGCCGAGGGGUGAGGUCUGGGAAUAAGGGAGCUAGGAGAGAGCAGAGUGGGGAUGAUCUGAUAGAAGUAUGGCCAGAGGAUCAGAAGAGUUUGCGGAGGUUGCAGUGGAAGAUGCAAGAGUUUGACGAGGCGCAGGCAGGUUUGAGGUGGGCAGCAAAGAUGAUGUCAAACAAAUGUGCUGCUGCUGAAAUAAGAACGGUUCCAAGUACACACCCACAGGACAUCCAAGAUGUGCGCUGUGAGGGAGAGACAAGAAUUCCUGGACCCCGGAUUGGGAUGCAAAAUCUACAGCACAGUUGAGGCAUGCCUCUUGUCGAAGGGCACAGAGGGAAAAGCAGUGGAAAUGGGAGAAUCAGAAACUGUAGCCACGCCUAGCACAUAUCCGAGGUAUAGCGCUGCUGGCAUAUAGAGUGUCGUUUGUGGAGACGCAACAUGGAAUGGCAGGGCCGCGAGAGGACAUCUUGAAGCAUUCCCUCUACCGCAUGGUCGCAGGUCAUGUGGCAGCGGUGGUACCAUGGGAAGAAGAUCGAGAUGGUGACGGGAAAAGGCAGACAGAGGAUCAACACAACUGGGAUUACAGAUCUGUAGAUUGUGGAUGGAUCGUGCUUAAACCUCAAGGGCACGUUCAGUGUGCGCGAUGUGAAGUUUUCCAGGAGGUGCCCCAGGAGGAGAAUAAGUCUGUGGUUCCCAACAAGGAAGUAAAUGAACAAUCACAGGGUGGAGGCAAAAUCCCCAAUGAGUCUCAAGAUUGUGAGUGUAAUUCGUGUGUGCAAGUCAACACAGCUGUAAUGGUGGGUGCACCAGAUGUGAGAAUCUAGCCACCCAAGGAAGGGAUUUUACUAAGACAACACACUGUCUUAGGAAACAGAG